AUCCACCCUCAUAACAACAAAACUGCUACCAAAUCUUCUACUUCUUCAUCCAAACUAUCAUUCAAAAUGGGUUUCUUCGACUUCGGCAGUGCCAAGGAGCAGAGCGAUGCCUGGGAGAGCGGUGAGCCCCCCAAGCACGAGGCCUCCCUCCUGAACGAGUCUCUGGGUGCCGCCGCUGGCUUCGCUGCCAUGCGCGCCUACGAGAACAAGCAGCGUUCUGAGGGCAAGCCCGUCUCCCACGGUGUUGCCAAGGAGAUCCUCGCCGGUCUUGCUGCCGGUGAGGCCGAGCGCCUCAUCCAGACCAAGGGUGCCGACUUUGUCGACACCGAGAAGGCCAAGUGGGAGGCCAAGCGUCACGCCGAGAAGCUGUACGACUCUCAGUACGCUGACAAGGACGAGUGGCACCCUGACCACGACUCUCAGUUCAACUACUAAGCGAUCCACUCGAUCGCUGCGCCGAUGUAAGCCGAUGAGUGGAACAAAGAGAGAACAUCUUCCCACACGCCCAUCGCAGUGGCGCUGAUGAUGCGGACGCAAGUACUUGGAAGGAAAAUCGUUCCUGAGAUAUGGCGGAACCUCGAUAGCUAGCGCGGAGCACAUCAAAAGCAGGUAGAGAGAAUCCAAAAGAAAUGAUCUUUCCCCUGAU